GCAGCGCCCUGGGGAGUGCGCCAUGGCCCUGCCGGUAGCCUCCUUGCUCCUGCAGCUGGCCCUGCUGCUCGAUGCCGUCGCGGUGGUCCAGCCGAGCCAAUUCAGGGUGUCGCCGCGGGAUCGGACCUGGAACCUAGGCCAGUCAGUGGAGUUGCGGUGCCAGGUGCUGCUGGCCAGCUGGUCAUCGGGCUGCUCUUGGCUCUACCAGCCGCCGGGCUUAGCCGCGAGCCCCACUCAUCUCCUGUACAUCCCCCAAAACUCGCGCAAGGAGGUCCACGUGCUGGGCUCUGAGCGGUUCUCGGGCGAGAAGAUCGGCGACGGCGCCUACAGUCUUACCCUGAGCGGCUUUCGCAAGGAGGACCAAGGCUAUUAUUUCUGCUCCGUCCUAAGCAAUUCCAUAAUACACUUCAGCCCCUUCCUGACGGUUUUCCUGCCAGCAAAGCCCACCACUAUGCCAACGCCGCGACCACCCACGCCGCCGUCCUCUACCACUUCGCAGCACAGAUCCCUGCACCCAGAAGCUUGCCGGCCCGCAGAGGGCAACGCAGUGGACAGGAGGGGGCUGGACUUCGCCUGUGAUCUCUACAUCUGGGCGCCCUUGGCCGGAACCUGCGGGGUCCUUCUCCUGUCACUGGUCAUUACUGUCAUCUACAACCACAGGACCCGAAGACGUGUUUGCAGAUGUCCCAGGCCUGUGGUCAGGACGGGAGGCAAGCCAAGCCAAGCAGAGAGAUAUGUUUAACCCUGUGUGACAGCCACUACAUGACUUCAAACUGAGAUCUCUUCUUAGAAGGGAAGCAAGUCUUUCUCUUUCACUUUUUUCCAGUUUUCCUUAUGUAUCUG